AUGGCCCCCAGGUCCGGUAACUUCACUCCAGGCCAGGUUUUGGGGUGCAAGUGCGCCUCGGCGCUGGUGAAGCGAGGCUGGGGGCCACACCCAGGGCUGAAUGUAAACGUACCAAAUUGGGGGAUUCUGGAACGCCCUGGCCACCCAGGAACGCGCAAACCCGGGGCCUUGGCGGCCAACCCGAGCCCGGCCCCCACCCGCCUCCCGCCCGGCCCCCUGCCCUGGGGCCCGCGGAGGAGCCGCCGCCGGGGACGCCCUCCUUCACACCUCCCGGCCAUCAGCAGCGGAGGGACCUCGCCACCACGCCCGACCACCGCUGGACUUCGCUGCUGCGGACCCCCAGGUCCCGGGCCUGUGCCCGGCGUCCACGCCCAGCGCACCUCGGAACCGUGUCGUCGCCGCCGCUGCUGCUGCCGCCGCGCGAGAACGCGACCUCAGCCUCCGACUCCAGGCGAAGUCUGCACCGCGUGCUGCCGCGAGGCCUGUCGGGUAACGGACGCCGGCGGCCCGUCCACCGCCCGGCGGGAGCUCCCAUUGGUUGACGCCGGCAGGGGCGGCGCCGUGAUUGGCCCGGAAUGUGGGCGGGGAGGCGGGAACAAGGCAGCCGGCUGGCGGUGUGCCAAGGCGAGCGCGGGAGGCGACUGUGGCGCGAGCGGAACCCUUCCCUGCGGUGCGGCCCCAGACCGUGGUGUAGACGAUGUUGUCUGCACGGGCCCAGCCGCUCCCUGUGCGGGCCCAGAGCCCGCGGAGUCCUCCGCCGGCAGUGGCGGGAGAGCCCCCGGUGCCAGCUGUGGUCAGGCAGCCUCCCCGACAGGUGUCUCUUCCUGCGCCUGGCACGCUGCCGCCCUCGGGCAGUCUGCUAGGGUAUCCCCACCAGGAGGGGCCUGGCAUUGUGAAAGUUACUUGUGUCCGUGGAGAAAACGCAGAACAGUGUGAAGAGGAAAACAGAAACCUGCGUCAUCUCUCACAGGGCCUCGCUUUAGAAGUUUUGGGGGUGCUGCACGGAGCCACCACUGAGAUCCUCUCCCACGCCCCCCUUCAGUUCCCUUAUGCUUGCUCACCCGAGCUGUUAACACCUCAUGCCACAAACACCUACUGACGUCCUGCUGGGUACCAGGCGGGCUGAGGAGUAUAGGGCCUGAUGCAGUGCAUCUGAAAGGACACACUCUCUAGCUGAUGGCACAGAGAAUUCGUCGUGGGCUGGGAUGUGUGGAGCCGACUUGAGAUUCAGGACAGUGGCGCGGAGCCUCAGUGGCACGGAGCCACAGCCGGGGGGUCCUCCGGGAAUGCAUCCAGUGCCCUGAGCCAGGCUGGCUGUGCCCUUGAGGGGACCUGUCUGUCUUUGCACCUUUGUAAUAUCUGUAGCACCUGGUGGAGGCUACUUGCUGACCUCACAGGGGCUUUUAUCAAAAUUAUCUAAGCUGGUGGUAUUUUUUUUUUCUAACUUCCAGAUGACUAUUAGAACAACUGUGAGAUUCACACCCCCUUCCCCCAAAAAAGAAAAAACUCAAAGCGAUGUUCCUAAGAAACGUAUUAAGUCUCUAUAUUUGGGAGAAAGUUAACAAUCUUUAUGCUAUUUAUUCUUACUAUACAUCUCCAUAGUGUUUCAUGCUGUAUAUCUCAUAGCAGAAUGCACAGAUUUCCUCUAAUACAGGUUCCUAGGUAUUAAAAGCUCCUUCUGGAAACUUUUUCUUGUCUUGAUUUGGCUCUUUGAGUCAUUUGUGCGGCUGCAGGCACCUUUGCUGAGAUGAGGACUGGCCGUUUUCGCCCAGCUAAAUCAGAUUUUUCCCACAUAUUUUGUUUUCACAUUGAUGUAUUCACGGGUGCAUUCUCCCGUGUUUU